ACUGAGCUAAAGUCGAGGAUAAUGACUUCUUUAUGAAUCGAACCCUCCACUGCCGCUGCUAGCGCAGGCGCCGCCGCUUCCUUUCUCCUCGUCGCCGCCUUCUACAAAAGCAGCUUUCCCAUUCACCUCGUCGUUGGUUUAUUUGCUUGGUUGAGAUCGUCGGGGAGUGUGAGUAGAUCUACUGGUAGUGAUGAAUAAGCUCGAGAUGAUGGCAUCCAUUGAUGCCCACAUGAGGCUUCUAGCUCCGGCGAAGGUCUCCGAUGACGAUAAGUUGGUCGAGUACGACGCCCUUCUCCUGGAUCGGUUCCUUGACAUCCUUCAAGAUCUCCACGGCGAGGAAAUCAGAGAGACGGUUCAAGAUUUGUAUGAAUUUUCUGCUGAAUAUGAAGAGAGACAUGAAUCUCAGAAGCUAGAGGAGCUGGGAAAGGUGUUGACUAGUUUGGAUGCAGGUGACACUAUCGUGGUUACAAAAUCGUUCUCCCACAUGCUUAACUUGGCCAAUCUGGCUGAGGAGGUCCAAAUUGCCUAUCGUAGAAGGAUAAAGCUGAAAAAGGGGGAUUUUGUAGAUGAAAAUUCUGCAACAACUGAAUCAGAUAUAGAGGAAACACUCAAGCGUCUUGUGGUGCAGCUGAAGAAGUCCAAAGAAGAGGUAUUUGAUGCUUUGAAAAACCAGACAGUUGAUCUGGUUUUGACUGCACAUCCGACGCAGUCAGUCAGAAGAUCCUUGCUCCAGAAGCAUGCAAGGAUAAGGAAUUGUUUGACUCAGUUGAAUACGAAAGACAUCACUCCUGAUGAUAAGCAGGAGCUUGAUGAGGCUCUUCAGAGAGAGAUUCAAGCUGCCUUUAGAACGGAUGAAAUCCGAAGAACUCCCCCAACCCCUCAAGAUGAAAUGCGUGCUGGAAUGAGCUAUUUCCAUGAAACUAUAUGGAAAGGUGUUCCAAAAUUUUUGCGACGUGUUGAUACAGCACUGAAAAACAUUGGGAUAAAUGAGCGGGUGCCCUAUAAUGCUCCUCUUAUUCAAUUUUCAUCUUGGAUGGGCGGUGAUCGGGAUGGUAAUCCAAGAGUUACUCCAGAAGUAACAAGAGAUGUGUGCCUGCUGGCGAGAAUGAUGGCUGCAAACUUGUACUACUCACAAAUUGAAGAUCUGAUGUUUGAGUUGUCUAUGUGGCGCUGCAAUGCUGAACUUCGAGUACGAGCUGACAUUCUACAUCAAUCCUCGAGAAAAGAUGCAAAGCACUACAUAGAGUUCUGGAAGCAAGUUCCUCCAAAUGAGCCUUACCGAGUUAUACUUAGUGAUGUGAGAGAUAAGUUAUACAACACACGUGAGCACUCUCGCCAUUUACUUUCAAAUGGAUAUUCCGACAUUCCUGAGGAAAUGACUUUUACAGAUGUUGAACAGUUUUUGGAACCUCUUGAACUCUGCUAUCGAUCACUCUGUGACUGUGGCGACAGACCUAUCGCCGAUGGGAGCCUUCUUGACUUUUUACGCCAAGUAUCAACCUUUGGCCUGUCUCUUGUCCGACUUGAUAUUAGGCAAGAAUCUGACAGGCACACUGAUGUUGUUGAUGCUAUCACUAAACACUUGGGAAUUGGAUCCUAUCGUGAUUGGUCUGAGGAGCAACGUCAAGAAUGGCUCUUAUCUGAACUUAAUGGGAAGCGCCCUUUGUUUGGUAUUGACCUACCAAAGACAGAUGAAGUUGCUGAUGUUUUGGACACAUUCCAUGUCAUUGCGGAACUUCCUUCAGACAAUUUUGGGGCUUACAUCAUAUCAAUGGCAACUGCUCCAUCAGAUGUCUUGGCUGUUGAGCUGUUGCAGCGUGAGUGCCGUGUGAAAAAUCCAUUGAGAGUAGUCCCAUUGUUUGAAAAACUUGCGGAUCUUGAGGCUGCUCCAGCAGCUUUGGCCAGACUUUUCUCAAUAGAUUGGUACAGGAGCAGGAUUAAUGGGAAGCAAGAAGUCAUGAUUGGAUAUUCAGAUUCAGGGAAGGAUGCUGGGCGGUUUUCUGCUGCUUGGCAGUUAUAUAAAACUCAAGAGGAGCUUAUAGAUGUUGCCAACAAGUAUGGAGUAAAACUGACCAUGUUUCAUGGACGAGGUGGAACUGUUGGAAGAGGUGGUGGUCCUACACAUCUGGCUAUCCUGUCUCAACCACCAGGUACAAUUCAUGGAUCUCUUAGAGUUACUGUUCAAGGUGAAGUGAUUGAGCAGUCCUUUGGAGAGGAACAUUUGUGCUUUAGGACACUGCAACGUUUCAUAGCUGCUACACUUGAACAUGGAAUGCAUCCCCCUAUUUCCCCAAAGCCAGAAUGGCGUGUAUUGAUGGAUGAAAUGGCUGUUGUUGCUACAAAGGAAUAUAGAUCAAUUGUCUUUGGAGAACCACAAUUUGUUGAAUAUUUUCGCCUAGCUACACCUGAACUGGAGUAUGGGAGGAUGAACAUUGGAAGCCGUCCAUCGAAACGAAAACCCAGUGGGGGCAUUGAAUCACUUCGUGCAAUUCCUUGGAUAUUUGCAUGGACACAGACACGGUUCCAUCUACCAGUGUGGCUUGGUUUUGGUGCUGCAUUCAAGCAUGUCUUUCAAAAAGAUAUCAACAAUCAUCAAACUCUUCAGCAGAUGUACAACGAAUGGCCAUUUUUCAGGGUGACCAUUGACUUGGUUGAGAUGGUUUUUGCCAAGGGAGAUCCUGGAAUAGCUGCUUUAUAUGAUAAAUUGUUGGUUUCUGAGGAUCUGUGGCAAUUUGGUGAGCAACUCAGAGCCAACUACGAAGAAACAAAGCAUCUUCUUCUUCAGGUCGCUGGACACAAAGAUCUAUUGGAAGGCGAUCCAUACUUGAAGCAGAGGUUGCGUCUUCGAGAUGCUUACAUCACAACUCUGAAUGCUUGCCAAGCUUAUACCUUGAAGAGAAUCAGGGACCCCUCCUACCAUGUGAAUGUUGGGCCUCAUCUAUCAAGGGAGAUCAUAGAAUCCAACAAACCCGCAGCGGAGUUGGUGAAGCUCAACCCUAGCAGCGAGUAUGCACCUGGGCUGGAGGAUACCCUCAUUUUGACCAUGAAGGGUAUUGCUGCUGGAAUGCAGAACACUGGUUAAAUUAUGAACUCAGUAAGGUAAUUUACCACCACAGCUUUCGGUGUUUUAUGGAGUUGUUCAAAUCCAUUGUUGCCUGACUAUAGAUGGUAAGAAGAAUGACUAAACUGAGUCUAUCUGUGAAUAUGUUUCUUGUGUUUUUAGUUCUCUUGAAUCUGAACUUUUGCCCUGUCAAAUCUUUGAUGAUGUUGGAUUCGACUGUUCUGUUGCAGUUUUCUCCUUGUUGGAAGAAUCAAAUGAUGGAUAGUCCAUGUUUUGUUGCA